GUUACUUACUACCACACUAGCUGGUCGCCGUUAUUAGGAAGCACUAAUUUGCAGUCACACCACAACAAUGCCAGCAGGAGUACUUGGAGAUGUCUACGGUAGCAUGUUUAAAUGGUUAGUGUCAUUCACUGACACACGAAUGGUAGCCGGAUUUGACAGCUCAGUGAUCAAUGAAAAGGUUAAAAAAGUAUGCGAAUGUUUGGUGGUGACAAAUGACCAGCUACAAAAAGUGAUGGCGUUGAUGCAUAAUGCUAUGGAGAAAGGUCUGCAGGAAGAACAACCUGCUGGAAAAUACCUGAAAAUGCUACCCUCAUACGUCCGCGCUGUUCCCAACGGAACAGAGUUUGGAGAUUUUUUGGCCCUGGAUCUUGGUGGUACGAAUUUCCGUGUCCUGCUAAUCCGGCUCAGAGGCCGUGAAGCAGAAAUGAUUACGAAGGUCUACGAGAUUCCUGUGUCCGUCAUGAGAGGAAGUGGCGCAGCUCUGUUUGACCACAUCGCCAAAUGCAUUGAAGAUUUCAUAAAGGACCAAGUUCAAGAGCAAGAUCGCAGAAAGACCUUUAAUUUGGGCUUCACUUUUUCGUUUCCCUGUAGUAUCGAAGGUCUUACAAAGGGGGUAUUGAUACAUUGGUCAAAAGGAUUCACGGCAACCGGUGUGGAAGGAAAAGAUGUUGUUGCAUUGCUUAAAGAAGCUUGCAGAAAGCGCUCAAAUGUCAACGUAGACGUUAGUGCUAUCUUGAAUGAUACCGUCGGCACUUUGAUGGCAUGUGCUUUUAAAGAAAAUACUUGUCAGAUGGGUGUUAUUCUUGGAACAGGAACGAAUGCGUGUUACAUGGAAAAGCUCCAAAAUAUUCCCAAGAUGAAGGGACAAUGGGAAAAUGAUGGUUAUCCUGAUGAUGUCAUUAUCAAUAUGGAAUGGGGUGCAUUCGGUGAUGAUGGAUGUCUUGAGUUCUUACAGACAAAGUACGACAGAGAAAUUGAUCAGAAGAGCGUCAAUCCAGGCGUACAUAUCUUCGAAAAGAUGAUUUCUGGUAUGUACAUGGGCGAGUUGGUCCGUAUUCUCUUAGAAGAGCUGGCUAGAGAAAAACUAAUCUUCAAAGGACAAGUUGAUGCCAUUUCUAAGCGCGAGUGUUUCCCAACAAAAUAUGUGUCUGACAUCGAGACAGAAAUGGAGGACGUCGCAAAAGCAAAGCACUGCGCGAAAACUCGUGAAAUUUUGACCGAAAUUGGCAUAAAAGACAUAACUGAUGAAGACUGUCAAAGCGUUGCAUAUGCGUGCACCAUGGUCAGCACAAGAGCUGCUUACCUGACAGCAGCAGGCAUCUCACAAGUGCUCAAUCGAAUGAAUCGUCCUUACAAAGUUACUGUCGGCAUUGAUGGAUCUGUUUAUCGUUUUCACCCCUUCUUUAAGCGACUACUAGAAGAGAAGAUUAAUGUUCUUAUAAGUAAAGGAGUACGAUACCAACUAAUGCUAUCAAAAGACGGUAGCGGUAUUGGUGCAGCCGUGGUGGCGGCAGUUGCUACUCGUAUGAGAAAGGAAAAGGAAAGAAAACGUGCCUAAACUCGAAAAUAACAUUGUUUGAGAUCUACCAAACACCAUUCGUCGACUCAAGCAUCUGAAUGUGUUUUUGGUCAAUCUGCGUGAAAUUUCACGCAAUAAUAAACAUUCAUCGG